AUGGCCGGUCGUAUUUCCGCGGCAGCCUUUUCGGCUCUCACCCUCCUGGUCUCCGUCGCUCUGCUGGCCGUCAACACAGUAGAAUCUGUCCAUCUCAUGGAUGAGGACGGCUUCUUUUUAGAAGCUCUCAAUAGGCGCCGCUCUCGUCGUCGCCGCCAACUUGAAGAUGCGAUGAAUCUAUGGUCCGCCGAUGAACCCGCCGAUGAACCCGCAAAGCAGGCUGACUGCAAGACUUUUCAAGUGCUACUGACGACCAACGAUACUGCCGUUGGUCUAAUCGAUGGCUUCAAUUCUUUUGAGGAUGUUGAUUUUGGUGUCAUUCAGGGAGGCAAUGUUCUCCUUUCUAAUCCAGAGGAUGAGAACGAUAAGAUUGGAUCUUACACAGUCUUGACCACUUUUUUGUCCCCAGUCAACUUUACAGAUUUCACGGUCGAUUGCUAUGGCGUCGGUGCCUACCAGUUUGGAAUUGGAGAACAGAUUGCUUUUGUAAGCCCUUGUUCUGGUUCACCUUUCUUUUCCAUUACAGGUGGCCAAGGAGAAUACAAUGGUGCGACUGGUUUCGUAGAAUUCAUGAUUCCAGAUCCCGAAGGGCGAGGGUUCUUGCAUGACAUUCACGUUUGCAGCAGCCGCGAGAGAAUGAACUAA